AUGGCUCUUGUUUUGAGAUUUGUAGAUAAAGAAGGGUUCAUUCGUGAAAGAUUUUUUUGUGUUGUUCAUGUACGUGACACUAUGACAUUGACUUUGAAAGAAGGUAUAUUUUUUGCUCUAUCUCAACAUAAUUUAGCUAUUUCUAACAUACGCGGACAGGGGUACGAUGGAGCUAGUAACAUGAGAGGUGAAUGGAAUGGCUUGCAAGCUUUAAUUUGUAAUGAAUGUCCAUAUGCAUAUUACAUCCAUUGUUUAGCCCAUUACCUCGAACUUUCUUUAGUUGCAGCUUCUCGAGAAGUAACUUCAGUUCAUCAUUUUUGCUCUAACUUGGUUUUCAUUAUCAAUAUUGCUAUUGCAUCUUGCAAGCGUAAUGAUGAACUCAAGGAGGCUCAAGUUGUUGAACUUGCUACUAAGAUUGCUAAUGAUGAAAUUGAAUCAGAGAGAGGGCUCAAUCAAAUCGGCACCUUAAAGCGAGCUGGAGAUACUCGUUGGGGUUCUCAUUUGGAUUCUAUUUCUAGCUUGCUCAAAAUGUUUAAUUCAACUUAUGUGGUUUUGAAAAUUUUGGAAAUUACUCGUAUGCUUUGUGUAGCAUUACAAUGCCAAUCACAAGAUAUUUUGAAUGAUAUGCAUCUUAUUUCAAGCACAAAAAGGCUACUUAAGAACUUUCGAGAUUCAGGAUGGGAUGCUUUCUUUAUAAAGGUUAAAUCAUUUUGUGAGCAACAUCAAGUUGAUAUUCCAGAUAUGAAUGCUCAAUAUUUGCAAAAAUUAAACUAUAGAUUCAAUGAACAUUCAGUAGAGUUACUUGUUCUUAGCACUGCUUUUGAUCCUAGAGAUGGAUUUAAAUGGUUCAAGAUUGAUGAUAUUUGCAAACUUGCAAAGAAGUUCUAUCCUGAUGAUUUCUCAGAGCAAGAGUUGGCGGUACAUCUAAGAAUUGAGCUUCAACAUUUUGAGCUUGACAUUCCAAAUCAUCCUGAAUUGAAAAAUUUAUCUGGUAUUCAUGAAUUAUGCCAAGGCUUGGUGAAAAGAAAAAAAGCAUCUGUAUAUCCUCUUAUUGACAGGUUAAUUAGGCUUGUUCUAACUCUUCCUGUAUCAACAGCAACUACAGAGCGAGCAUUUUCAAUUAUGAAAAUUAUCAAGACAAAGCUCAGAAACAAGAUGGAAGACAAUUUUCUAAGUGAUUGCUUAACAAUUUGUAUUGAGAAAGAAAUUGCUGCAAAAUUUAGUAGUGACUCCAUUAUAGAUGAUUUUGCAUCUAUGAAGAAUCGUCCAGUACAACUUACUUUUAAUAAAAAUAAUUGA